AUGAGUAGAUUAAUCAACGAAGAAAAUCGAAACGUUUCUGCUGAUGCUGUUCGCGAAGAAAGUGCAAACGCAAAUACUGAAAUGGAAGACGCUGUCGUCUUUGAAGGUCAAAGUUCGGAUUCCAUGAUGAUCUCCACAGUUGAUAUUGAAAAUCACUCAGCGUAUUCGGAUUCGGACACUGAUUAUUAUGACGGUGACACGGGAUUUGACACCGAAAGAGAAGAGCAAUUCACUGAAACCAUUACCUCAGCACUGUCAAUGCACUGUCAUGAAAAUACAACUCAGCAGAGAAGUAUAGCAGUAGUAUGA